AGAUUUAGAAAAAUAAAUAAAUGGAGGUUUUAUAAAAGUGUCUGAAAAUGAUAGAAAUCGACUCUCAGAGAGGAGAGUCAGAAACCGACUUUUAUUCCAAACUGUUGGCCUUAAAACAGGAACAAGAAGAUCAUCUCAAACUUGUUGAAGAGAUCUACAGAAAAGAGCUAGCUACUGGAGGGAUCACUGGCCACCAACCUGUCCCUAAAAGUAUUCUAAAGAAAUCUGCCAAGCUUCAACGGGAUUUAAAGAGGAUCACCACAAGCAGUUCAAGUUUAAAUUCGUCCAUCAAUUCUUCAAGAAAAUCAUCAUUGGGAUCAGAACCAGAACCCAGAUUUAGAAGACGUGAAGCAUAUGAUUUACAGUCUGGAGGAAAAGAAGGAAGUACAAAAACUGAAAGUGGAAAGCGGGAGAGGCAUUUAUACAGGCAGAGGGCAGUAAUCAAAAGCAGAUCAGUGGAAAAUAUUAAGUUUUCUUUUUCAAGGUCCAGAACUUCAGAAAGUGCAACAUCUUAUUCACAAGAUCUUUCAGACAAUAUAAGCGAUGAUUCAAGUCUAGAAAACUUUAAGGCAAAAAGUAGAAGAGUCGGCAAUGAUAGAAACUUGAAUAAGGAGAAUUUUCACAUAGAGAAUCGGCGGUCAAGAAGCCAUGAAAAGAAAGAACACAAAACUCCUCAAAAAGGCGGGGAGACUGAUCGCCGCCAUUUUGUAAAACAGAGACCCAGCAGCGCGCCACAAAGACGACCUCUUGAAGAGAAAAAGUUUAAAUCAACGGUUCCUCAACCUUUUCAAAUGACUUUAAGAGAAGAGAUGAAGAGAAGUGAAAGAGAAGCUGCGAUGAAACUACUUCAGGAAACAAUGGAACAGCAAGUUGAAGAACCUGUUCCUGUACCGACCUUUAAACCUGUUCAAGUGCCAAAACAUACAAAAGUUAAUUUAUUAGGUAAAAUAGAGAGAGAAAAGGAAAAACGAAGAGAACAGAAAAAAAUUGAAAGCACUCAAAAACUUUUAGCAACAAAACCUUUUAGUUUUAUGACAAGAGAUGAAACAAGAAAAUUAGGAAAUCAAACAGAUCUUUACAAACUUUGCUUACGAACAAAUCAGAAUAUGCAGUCUAAAAGAGAAAGAACUGAUUUAGACCGACUCUACAGAGAAUAUAUGGAAAACAAAGAAAAGAAAAGAAGAUUAGGAGAAGAAGCGCUGAAAGCAGAAAAGAUGAAGCUGCAUGAUAGAAAAUCAAGUAGAAGUGGGUCCAGAGGCAGCAGCGAAGAGAUUAAACUACGACGACCUUUAUCCGCAUCAAUUCUUCAGGAAAGAAGAAACUAUGAGAAAAAUUUCAAUAUGGCGACAAAUCUUAGAAUGCGUCUUCUUCAAGAAAACAAAUCCAGAGUAGAGGAAGAGCGAAGAAGAGAGGAGAAGAAGGAAGAAGAGAGAAGAGAAAGGGAUCGAAGAAGAAGGAUGAAUAAUCCAGUUUGGGAUAAUAUCAGGGAGUUUAAAGAGGAAAUGGAGGAAAUGAUGAGAAGAGUUGAAAACCAACCUACUCUUUUCCAGAAGCAAGGACAGGUUCAAGCAGUUAAAAGUGUUGAGAAGAUAUACGAAUAUGUUUUAAAGCGACAGGGAUUACAAGUUGAAGAUAUUAACAAAUUAGCAGAAUCUGAACACACAACAGAAAAAGAUUUUUCUAAGGAGUACCCUGGCACUUGGGAGAAUGGAUUUCGGAUUGGACUAAGAAAGGAUUAUGGAUCUUACAACUGGGAAAAUUACUCUGAGGAUGAUAAAGUUGGAGGAAAAAAGGAAGCGCUAGGAAAAGGGAACGAAAGCCAAAAAUUUCUUAGUCUUGUUGGUUGGUCCGGUAGCCAUUAA